GCAAAAUAUAUACUACUCUGUUCGAUCUCUUAGUAUCCCUUCGCGUGAGGAGAAAUAGUCCAUCUCUCCCGCCCUCUGGUUUCUUGGACUAGAGGUGGUACGCGAACAGCGAAUUGGAACCCUAUUUAUAAAACUGGAUGAAUAUGAAUUCACAGCAGAGAAUGGCAGUGGGCACAGACAAGGAACUAAGUGACCUUCUGGAUUUUAGCAUGAUGUUUCCACUGCCUGUAGCUAAUGGUAAGACCAGACCUACAACACUGGCCAGCACCCCAUUUGGUGGAUCAGGGAUAGAAGAACGAACUGGCUCUGGGUCUUGGACAGCAAGCGAUGGAUCCACAUUUGACCAAGGCAGAGGUUAUGGUGACACUAGUCAUUAUGAGGAACACAGGGAUAUACCCUCGCAUGAAGGCAAUUUGUCAUCUACAAGUUUUCUGUCAUCAGGAUUUGGGGCAAAAGAGGAGCGAGCAUCAUACUCUACAUUUGGCAGAGACCCCGAAAUGCCUGGAAUGAACCAGCCUGGAUUUUUGCCUGGUGAUUUGUGCAUAAAUAGCCCCAAUACGCUUUCACCCAGUGGAGGAAAAGGAACCUCUCACUAUUAUUCAUAUCCAACCAGCUUGCGGCGGCGUCCAGAUAGCAAUCUUGAUAUGCAACCUAAGAAAAUUCGAAAGGUUCCACCAGGACUUCCCUCAUCUGUAUAUCCUGCUAAUUCUGGUGAUGAAUACAGUGGAGACCGUGGAAAUUACAUUUCAAAGCAAACAAAUUCUUUUUACCCUGGUACAUUCUACAUGACGGAUGGGCUACAUAAUUCAUCAGAUAUCUGGACUCCUUCUGGUGGAACUGGACAGGGCGGUUACAGUUCCAUUCUAGGCAGCUCUCAACCUUCUCUUACCCAGCCUGCAGGCUUCAGUGGCCUGCACCCCCAUGAGCGAAUGAGUUUCCAAAUAAAUUCCAAUGAGGUGAACCCUGCUAUUUCCUCAAGCUUUCCUUCUGCUUCUGCACAGUAUGGAGUCUUAAGUCACACACCUCCUAUCGGUAGUGGGGAUACUAUCACAGGCAACAGAGGAACUACUGGGAGCUCAGGGGAUGCACUAGGAAAAGCAUUAGCUUCUAUUUAUUCUCCAGAUCAUUCCAGUGCAAACUUUUCCUCCAGCCCAUCUACACCUGUGGGGUCACCUCAGGGAUUAACAGGAACAGGACAGUGGCCUAGAGCUACUGCUCCAGGAGCAUUGUCACCGAAUUAUGAGGGAACACUACACACAUUACAGAACAAAAUGGAAGAUCGUCUCGAUGAAGCCAUACAUGUAUUAAGGAGUCAUGCUGUGGGACAGACUGGCACACUUCCUGGAAACCAUGAAGAUAUGCAUUCACUCUUGGAAACAGCUGCAGGUGUACUUGGAGCUAACUUUCCUGCUGCAGUUCUCUCCUUGGCAAAUCGUCACUCUAUGGUGACACCACAACUAGAGGAUGGUCUACCAAAUGCACCAAAUUUGCUUCACAACCCUGUUGCCCUUUCAACACAGCCUGGGUCUCUGUCUGACUUAACCCGGCAAACAGACUCCUUUACUGGACCCCCAUUGCUGGGCAGGACAGUUACGUCAACUGGUGUACAAGAGAUAAAAAGGGAAAAUAAAGAGGAUGAAGAAAAUAGGUCAGUGGCUGAACUGUCAGAUGAUGAGAAGAAGGAAUCUAAACCUCAAAGAAGUCGGACACGCUGCUCAAUAAACAGUCAAGAUGAAGAUGAUGAGGAUGAUAACCUUCCCCCAGAGCAAAAAGCUGAGCGUGAAAAGGAAAGGCGAGUGGCCAAUAAUGCCAGAGAACGUCUUCGUGUGCGGGAUAUAAAUGAGGCAUUUAAAGAGCUGGGUCGGAUGUGCCAGCUGCACCUUAACAGUGAGAAGCCCCAGACCAAGCUCUUGAUACUGCACCAGGCAGUGUCUGUCAUUCUCAGCUUGGAGCAACAAGUGCGAGAGCGAAAUCUAAACCCUAAGGCUGCUUGUCUGAAGAGGCGCGAGGAAGAGAAAGUGUCUGGUGUGGAUCCACAGAUGGGGCUGCCUGGAGGACUGCCUGGUCUUGGGGACUCUCAUAACCCAGUGGGCCAUAUCUGAAUUUCAUCGUUUGAUGGAUUUUUUUUUUUACAAUAAGUUUUUGUUUGGGGAAAAAACACAAACUUUGAGACACAGAAUUCAUUGUGGCCUUGACUUUGUUUUCCUGAGAAAUAGACUUCUGAGUUUUUCAGUGGACAGAGAUGAAAAUAAAUAAAACUGACUUGGAUUGACACCUCAGCUUUGGACUUAUGCUUAAAGGAAAAAGAGAGGUCAUGAGGAAUUUGCCUUAACUGAAUAAAGAGGUUACUUAAGUGGUGGAAGAAAGUUUGACCAGAUGGUAUCCGCACCUGUUCUGCUGGAAGUAUUUUUCCAACUUUGUGCCUACACUUCUAAGACAAAAACAAGAGACUUUGUGAAAAAAAAAAAUACAUUAAAAAAUAAGAUGGGUAUGUGUGAUUUUUUUUUUUUAUGUUAGAACAAAUAGAAUAUAUUUUUUCAGGUUUCUGUUUUUGGCAGCAGAUUUUUUUUCAUAAAAUUCAGAACAAAUUUUUUUUUAAAUAAAAAUUACACUAGCUGCAGUGGUCUAUUCUUACCUUGGUUCCCUAUAAUACCUCAAUGACUGUGCUGUCUACCUAUCCUAUGGUUUGUUUCCACCUGAAUAAGUCACCCUAUUAAGGUACCUUUACAUGAGUAGAUGAUUGCUACGAUUUAGUGACAAACAAGUUGUUGCUUGGUGUAGUGAACAUUUGAACCUUUGAAUUUGACUCUUUAGACCCGCUGGUUAUCGUUUGCAAAAUUGUAAUUUUGAUAGCCUAUUCCAUCAUUUGUAAAAGCAGACAGUUGCAUUUACACAAAUUUAAUUGUGCAUGAAGUGAACAAUUCCUUGAAUUAUAUCAUUAACAGCCAACGAUUAUUUUUGUGCCCAUGCAAACGAUUGAACCAACGAGAAACCUACAAUUGGUCGUCGUUCUAUCGUUAAUUGAUUUUACACUGCUUGAUAAUCUUCACUCAAUAUAACAAUAAUUUACAUGAUCACCUCAUAUAACAGUACCUUUAGAUCUUUGUGUCAGCUGCAAUACUGACUUUAGGAGCUGAAGUUGGUGCUACAGAUAGAUAUACACAUAGGAACUUCUGUCUCUAUUUCUUUGUCUAUCUAUUUAUCUAUACAUAUAUCUCUAUCGAUAUCUGUGUGUGUGUGUAUAUAUAUAUAUAUAUAUAUAUAUAUAUAUAUAUAUAUAUAUACACACACUAUAUACAUCACAUUUUUUUAUUCCUAUGAAGUUAUGGAGUUCAGGAAUCUCUUGCAGCUCAGGGUAGGACUUGCAAUGUAUCACAAGUAUCCUAGUUUUUUUCUAGGUGUAAAGACUUGAGGCUCUGCAAAUGUAAAAUAAAAAAUGUGAGCUAAUAUUAUCCUGAUUUUAUAGACUUUUCCUGGAGAAACUACAUUAGUAGUGGCUAAUCAACUGCCUUCAAUGUUGACCUUGUGUAUUUCCUGUGCUUCCAUAAGUUAAAUCUUCAAGAUGCACAUCUCUGGAUUGAAAGGAAUAUUGCAUACAGCUUUCACUGUCCAAGCCUUUUCACUGACAUGUCGGAGGAGCUACUGAAUGUUUCCAGCUUUUUUUAUCUUGUUGUUUCUGUGCUCUGUAAUGUGUAUGUCUUUGGGUUUUGUAACUAAAUUGCACACUUGUUCACUUAAAGGGGU